GUCGGGAGGGGCUGGAUACGCGAGACGACUAUACCUUUGUUGCCUGCAGUCUCUACAGUCAAGACGAAGUUGUACACAAACGCGUCCCUUGCUCAGUCUUGAUUCAGUGCUUGUAACUACAAUGGAGCCUAAAGAGGAAAGCAAAGAAAAGGUGGAUUUGAUGGAUAAACUGCAUGCUUAUCUAGAAAAAAAUUUUGUUGCUCUUAUUGGCCAAACAGUAGAAAUUUCAAUAGAUGAAUUGGAAAAUCCUCAAUUUGUACCUGCACCUGGUCCUAAUCCGCCAACCUAUCAAGUUCCUGCAGCUCUUGCUGGGUUUUGGACUAAUGAGCUGGGCUCACAGUUGUACAUACAUUCAACAGGUUUUUCAGAAGGGCAUAUUAUUGGAAAGUGCUACAGCACUGUUGGUAAAGCUGGAUUCAAACUAUAUGAUUUGAAUGGCUCGUAUGAUACAAAUGGUGACGAAAAGAAGGGCACUUUGGGCUGGACAGUUCAAUGUCUUAAUACUGAAGGUACUGACUCCAAUAAAUCUUGGUCUGGGCAGCGGUAUAAAAUAGAGGGAGAUUUUUUCAUCUACACCAUGUGGAUUUUGGUUGCAAAGAAAGACCUAAGUGAUAAUUGGGGUUCCACUCAAAUUGGAAAGGACAAGUUCCACAAAGUCCGCUGAUGCAUGGGUUUGCUAAAGCAAACAACAUUAACUUUUGAAGUAUUAGAUAUCAUUUGCUGUUUAUAUAGAACUAACUUAAAAUUCUCUUUAGUGUAAUUAUUAUUAAGGAGUUUUUGCUGCAGGUAUUAUAGUUAGUUGCUAUAUAUAAUUUAAUGAUUAUUACUAUGUAUGAUUAUUAUGCUGACAUUAAGCUUUGUGUAUCUAAAUUAAAUCAUAUAGAUGAUUAAAUUUAUUAAAAACAA